AUGACCAGUUUUCGUGAAGACCAUACCCUGUCAGCCACUGAAUCAGAAGAUAGUGAUUUGGAACAUUCUCGUUUACAGCCAGAAAAUGAUAGGUAAGUGUUAUCAGGCUGUACCUGAUUGUAUAAAACUAAUAGCCACAUCUUAGCUAUUUUUUGUGUACCUAAAUCCUAAACCUAGUUUAAUUGUAAUUAUAUUUGAUUAGUUUUAUUUUCUAAAAAUGCAGUACUCAAAUAGUGUUAUAAGUUUGUUUUGAAAGAUUGUUGCUUGGUAUGUUAUACAGUAUGUUAUAAUAUAGCAAUUGUAAAUGCUGAUUGGCUAAGAGCUGUGUUGAUAUAAUUCAAUGUCAACACAGAAACAUCUGAAAAUUUCUUUAUUUAUAUUACUUUAUGCUAUAUCAUAAAACAAAUAUAAAAUAUUUUUUAUAUUACUCUACCCUUCGGGUUCUGUAUCCACACAAUUUCCCGUUUUCACUUGUGUUGAUAUAACUGUAUAUCAUCCAUUAGGGUGCACAACUCUCCCCUUGACGAGUAAAAUUGUCUGCCGUUAGACACAGUGAAAGAAUAAAGUAUGAUGUAUGGCUGCUUAACCCAUUGAGUGGCAUUGCACCCUGAUGCACCCUACUUUUAGUAUUUUACUCUGUCUAACGCCGGACCAUUUUACUCAUCAAGGGGAGAGCACUGGCGCUUAAUGGGUUAAAUCGAAAACAAGUACUUAUCUAUUUAAAUACGUCUUUAAGCAGUUAUCAAUAGUGUGUGCUGUUAUAUUGAUCUAGUUUGUUAUUCUUUUUUUUUCCCUUUUGUAUAUAGUGUAAUUGGUAAAUAGUAAUAGUUUCUUCUUGUAAAUAUAUAGUGUAAUAUAGUCAGUAGUCUUGUUAAUUUAGUAUAAUAUAGUGUAGUAGACGCCCCCCAUGAAAACCAGUCUGUAGCUGAUGGGGCCAGCGUCUUAAAAGAAGUUUUAAAUACAAUACAAUACAUACAAUUGUCACAGGUAUCUGAUAGUAGUAGCUAGUAGUUGUAGUACUGUAGAGGUGUAUAUUUUACUCUGGCACACACUGAUGGGGCUCCGAUAUAGAGAUUGGGUGAUACUACAUCAGCUCCCGGCAGUGUGUGAGAAACUCUAUGUUGCAAGGUAAACAUAUUAUGAGAUAAAUCCUAUAUACUGUAGCCAUGCUGAUCUAUCUAACAAAUUAACACUAUGAUUAAAGAGCCCAAUAUAGUCUUGUCAGAUAAUGUGGAUCACUGCAACAUUGUUGGGUGAUCACUUGAAUCAUCUCCAAUCUCCAUCCCUUAAUCCAUUAAGCGCCAGCGCUCUCCCCUUGAUGAGUAAAAUCGUCUGGCGUUAGACAGAGUAAAAUAUUAAAGUAGAGUACAUCAGGGUGUAAAGAGACUCAAUGGGUUAACAACAAGGUUAAAAUUACCGAAACUUAUACUGUAAUGCAUAUCAAUAUUAUUUGUUAAAGAUUGCUAGAUGUUGAUAUUGAGAACAUGUCACUGGAGGGGGAAAUUUAUGACACCAUAAUUGAAGGUCAUGAUGAUGAUGGCCCGGAUGUUGGUGAAAAUGAUGGCCAAGGAAAAGAAACCGAUGAUACAGAACAUCACAGAAGUGAGGUUGUCAGGAUCUCACCAAUUGAUGUGGCUCAACUUGAGUUUUGCUUUGCAUCAACAUCAGCAAUAUUAGAUCUCCUUUGCAAAAUACAUGGUUCAACAUGUAAGCGAAAUGAGUGUAACCGGGAACUUAAUUUUAAAAGCAGUUUUGUCGGUACGUGCCUUGUUGUCCAUUGGUCCUGCAGUGCUGGACACUUUGGUGGAAGGUGGGCAGCUCAACCUACAUGUGAAGGUGUUCGUGCUGGGAAUCUGCUACUAGCAUCGGCCAUUCCAUUAUCUGGAAAUUCUUAUACCAAGAUAGGAUUUAUGUGCAAGGUAAUGAAUUUGCAGUUUUUUUCCAAAAACCUCUACAACCAGUACCAGAGCCUGUACAUUGCACCUGCGGUGAAUGAUUAUUGGGAAAGAAUGAAGAGUGUUGCAUGGAAAGAUCGUGAAGAUAAGGAAAUAAUAUUAAGUUCUGAUGGGAGAAAUGAUUCGCCAGGUCACUGCGCUCAGUACUGUACAUAUACCUUUGCUGAUAUGACUACAAAGUGCAUACUGCAGAUGAACAUAGUUGAUGUCAGGGAAGUAGAAGGAAGGAAGAGCAACAACAUGGAAAGAAUUGGGUAUGAAAAAGGUCUAGAUAAGCAGAUGGAGUCGAAGAUGAUAAUUAAGGAGGUGGUUACUGAUGGCCAUUUGGAAAUUGGUGCUUUGAUGAGUAAGUGAUGAAAAAGUUUACAUACUUGUGGACAAUCUCUAAGGCCAAGUUGGUUUCAAACGUGUUCUGCUUUGUCAUACUUAAUGCAUUUACAAUCACCUAAUGCGGCAAUGCCUCUGGUCAGAGUGGUGAGAGGCAGCAUUUACCGGUUUUGCUAUAAUACAAAUUUAGUUCAGCGCAUGAUAAGUUCGACAUUGGAAAUCACAUUGUGUUUGAGAAGAUUAAAAACAGUAAUUUUGACAAUAAUGUGUAUUCAUUUAGAAUUUUCAUUUCUUCAGAAAAGGCACCAAAGUACAAAGACAUUUUGCAUCAACGAGAUAUUUGGCAUGGUGCAAAAAUCAUUGCAAAGAAAGUGACUGCUGUAUGUAUGAUUAAUUAGCAUGUUAGGCUAUGCAUGUUGACAUUUACAUAUACACGAUCUGAACAGUUCGCAUGGAGAGUGGUCUGACUUAUUCACAUUGCAAACUAUGAGCAAUCAGCCAUUGCACAUAUUAAGCGCCAGUGCUCUCCCCUUGAUGAGUAAAAUCGUCUGGCGUUAGACAGAGCGAAAUAUUAAAGUAGGGUGCAUCAGGGUGCAAUGCGACUCAAUGGGUUAAUAUAGUGCUAAUUUGACUUAAAAUAAGAAUAAGUUAAAUGAGCAUUUCAUAGUCAUAUUGCUCAGUGGUGCAUGGUGUUUGCAAUAUAAAGUGAUACAAUGAUUUCUUAUGUUUGUUAUGUUUUAUUGAAUCCAGGCUGCUCAUGAAAAAGGAAAUGAAGAUCUUUCACAUUGGAUUGCUUCUGUUAGAAACCAUUUUUGGUACUGCAGUAGAAAUUGUGGUGGUAGUACUACUGACUUUAAGGUACUAGUACACACUUAUUUUAAUUAUUAAUAUGUUACAUCGUAAAUGUUGAUAUAAGUUAAUUAAUGCUAUAGGCUUGUUAAACUAUUUGUUUCAACCAUAAUUUAGUGUCAGUAAUAACCAGACCUCGGGAAUUUCCCUAAAACUUAACCACAGUAAUGAUGUCAAAAAUUGCUGUGGACUGCAGCAACUCUCCAUGGCAAGUUCUGCCAAUUAUACAGCAGUGUUCAUGUAAUAUGCAUUGUGAUGACAGUUUGUGGUAGAAAUUUACUUUUCGGCAUUCCUUAAUAUGUGUUUAGAGAGCUCAGUGUUUAAACCGGGAAACUUUCAUUUGAAAAAGAAAAACCUCUACCCUGUACAUCAACAUUUCUUCACAAUAUAGAUUUUUCACUUUCAUUGUCCACAGUGAUACACAUCAUUCUCAUCUCAAACUAGGGCAAUUGUCACAAAUGCUCCAGUAAAAAUAUGCCCUGGUAAGAACGUAUCAUGUUGCAAAAUGUCACUACAGCUUAUAUGUAAAUGUGUCAUAAAAUCUUUUUGUAUUUUCGGUCAUUAUUAAUGAAAGUGAAGCUUCAAGGUCAAAGAAGCAUUUGUAACAUGAGUAAAGAAAGGACCAACAGUCUAACAUGGAAGAGUACAUUUCCAACUUGAGAAUUUCACGUCAUAAGCAAAUUUGUUUUAGAAUGCUAUGUUUUAUUUUCUACUUGAUUUUAUUCAGUAAAGUACUGCCAUUUUAACCGCUUUUUUUAUAUGCCCUAUCUCAUACUCGGUAAUUUUAUGUAGGAUUUGUGGAUUGGGUUGCUUCACCAUGUAGUUAAUGAGCACACAUGGGUGUUAGAUGAUGGAAAAGGGCAAGGAAAAUGUGAUCAUGAUGUGUUGUCAGAAGAAGAACGAACCAAACCAUGGCUAGAAAAAAACUCGUCUGAACACAAAGCACUAAGACAAAUCUUAUUGCACAAGCGACUCCUAAACGAAUUGCAUUACUACACAAACUUUAGGUUAGAUUAAAAUUUGCAACAGCUGUGAAUUUAUUGACAAUGUUUUUAUUAUUAUUAAUAAUAUUGGAAUGCUUAUAUUGACCAUAUCUAGACAUACUGGAUUCUUGGAGUCAUUUCACAAUCAUUUGUUGAUGUACUGUCCCAAACGAUUUUCCUACACGUAAGUACAUUUUGUGAAUAGUUUAAUCUGAUCUUUAACCCAUCGAGUCAAAUUGCCCCCUGACGUGUCAUGCACCCUACUUUAGUAUUUUACUCUGUCUAGCGCCAAACGAUUUUACUCGUCAAGGGGAGAGCGCUGGCGCUUAAUGGGUUAACUGGCCUAUCUGCACAUGGGUCUAUUUAACCCAUUGAAAAGGGUUAGUUAAAAAACUUUUUAAAAAAAACACCUAAUGUUUUCAACAUACAGUAUAUUAUAGUAAUUAAUUUGACUGCUUUUCAAUAGGCUUGUUGGAUACAAGUUGAGGAACCAACUUGCAGCCAUAGAUUUCAAUAAGCAUUUGAACAGGAAAAUUGCUGAAACAGCUGAUGGAAAACCCAGGUAAAUGAACUUAUAAAUAAAAUGAAUUCCUAUUGUUUAUUUCAAAAUCCUAAAGAACUUUGUUCAUAAACUAUUGAAAAAUCAUCCAUGUUGCAAAUGAUAAACAGACUGUCUGUAUUUCAUUUCAACUCUUAGUGUGGAAGGAUUUCAUCAGUAGUCAAAUGAGAUGUAAUUGUGUAAUAACCUGAUGUUUAUAAAUUAGAAUGCUGGGUUUGGUGGAUAAUCCAAGUGUGUGUAUGUAUAUACAAAAGUUUAAGACCUAACCAGGAACAGUUACAAACAAUGCAACACUUGGUCCUCCAGAAUUGAGCUUACGGCCCUGCAAUUCUAGUGCAGUGCUUUGACCAACUGAGAUACAGAGUCCAGUUGUCAAGAUCUAACCAUAAGUUAAUGUAUACAGGUAUUUUGCAACCGUUCCUGGUUAGGUCUUAAGAUGGUCUACAGUAUAUAUAGAUUUUCCACCAAACCCAGCAUGCAAUUGAGUUCCAUCCAUUGAAGUGCAAACUUAAACAACAUCUUUCAAGUUUAUAAAUUAGUUUUGUAUUCAAGGUACAAACGUCGUUAUAGCAAGCGAACAAAAGUCUGGAGUGCAGUGCCUAUUUUGGAACCAAAGGAAUACAAAUACAUUCCCGAACUAAUUCUGGCAAUUUUUGAAAAACGAAAAACAACACCCGGGCAUGUUACACAGAAGUUGAAACUGUCAGAUGAUGAUCCACGAAGGAUAGCAACAAAUAUUGCUUUAGAGCCCAGCCCCUCGAUGGAAGAGCUGUUAGCCCGACAUCAAUCAAGAUUUGCGGCACAAACUUGA